UGCAGCACCCGCUUUGCUUUGACCAACUUACAAGUGAUAUUUCAGCAGUAACUACUCUUUCUAUAUUAUCUGGCAGUGCUAAAAUGAAGAUUCAUCUGGGCUACAUCACAUAUAUACUGUUUACUGCUGCAUACUGGAUAGCUCAGUCUGAAGAUGCAAAUCCAUCAGUGUCUCUGAUUGUUGAGGGAGGAGGGAGUCUGGUUGGUGAACAAUGUCCUGGAACUGUCAAGAUAUUAUGCAAUGGAGUUGACUUGUCAUUUUUACGAUGGAGGUACAAUGGGAAAAUAAAUAUAGUGACCUUUUUCUCAGAUACAGAAGCACCUUCUUCUGUUAAUCCUAGUAAUCCAGCAUUCGUAAGAGUUGAGCUGUUAUCAGUAGCACAGGAUCCAGCUGCAGAUCCAAGUAUUGCUAACUUUUCAUCUGAGCUUGUUGUAAACGUGUCGAAUCUAAGAACAGUAUCAAAUAUUACAUGUGGGGAUCCAAGAAUUUCAAAAAGGAUUCCAGUGGAUGUUGAGAUUAUACAAGAAACUGAGCCUGAGAGUCCCAAUGAAACUAAUGUGACAGCUCUCUAUGGAUUUGGAUCCUUGACUGAUGCCAUUGUCUCUUGGAAAAAAUUGGAAACACGAUGUCCAGAAUUUCAGACCUCCUUGAUCUAUCAAGUCUCACUGUUGGACUCCGGUGUUGUCACAGUAAAUCACACAAGCUGUGGAGAAGUGUGUAUAGUCAACUUUCAGAACUUUUCCGAUACUACUGAAGUGUAUAGGGUGACACUGUUAGCUGUCAACGCCAUCGGGGCAAGUAAACUUGUGGAAUAUCCAGUCAUUAUCGUGAAACAAAGCAGCUUCUACUUCACACCUACCAUCCUCUCAAGAGACUGUCUGUUUACUUAUGAAUGCUUCUCAAAUGGAAGUCUGGAUACAGACAGUUGCAAUGUGUUGUACACGACUGAUUCAAUGUACAGGGAUCCAAUGAUGAUUGUUUCUCCACUCGAUACACAAUUUGAAAUAGCUGACAUAACUACUGAGAGAGUCUAUUUUUUUGAGUUCUCUGUGUCUGUGAAUGGCACUCUAGUUGUUAGGAACAGGCUUACUGAAAAAGCGAUAUCAAGUCCGAGGUUCAGUACAGUGGCUAUAAUUUUCCUUGCUCUAACCAUUUUGCUGAUCACUGUCGGAACAGCAUUUGUUAUAUAUAUCUGUGUUACAAAGCAGUUGCAACGGGUUCUAGUAAAGAUUGUUUUGUUUAUGGUAUGUCUCUUGGGAAUGUUGAGCUUCAUUUUUCUUACUGUUUUUUCCAUUAUCACUGGUGUUCAACAAGAUACAUGCAGUCUGGAUUGGAGCAUAGCACGUGAUGCAUUGGUCAUUGUAGCCUUUCUAUUUGCUCUAUUUGGAAAUGCUCUUCUGGUCUGUUUCCUGCUUGCCCCUCGUCAAUACAAAAAGUUUGUCCAGAUAAAUUUGCAAUAUAGCAAAGAAGCUUCAUGUUCUCAGAUCAGCAUGAAUAGUAGUAUCAAACUCGACAGCUCCUUAGUACAAAUGGACACAACAGCUGAGGGUUCAACUAGCAAUUCUGAGGAGACCAAAGCAAAUCCUGAGAAGACAAACACUAGUUCAGAAGCCAACAAUGUAGUAGCACCCUUAGAAGAAGUGCAGGAUAUAGAUCUAGACAGAGAGCUGGAGUCUAGUCAAAAGAAGGGAGGGAAAUUCACUGUCUACAAAGUUAUUAUUGUGGGAAAAGAGCACUCGUAGCUCGAACGACCUGAACUGUAAGGAUCUAGAACAUUCUAGAUUGUGUGUAGGCGUAUAGGUAUAUAUUUAUGAUUUGUGCCAUGUGCUGUCAGUAUGUAAUGAUCUCAUUAUCUCUUAUGUCAUAUUAUGUAAUGACCUCAUAUUCUGUUAUGUCAUGAUUGG